GGCUAUCCAAGAUGGCGCUAGCUGCCAAAACUGCUAGGUUAGCUCUAGGAAGAACCAUAAUUGAUGCGCAAUACCUGGCGGACAGUGUGCUUUUCAUGAAUAGUGAAAUUAUAGCAAUAAACAAACCAUAUGGACUGCCAGUACAUUCUGGUCCUGGUGUUAAGAUGUGUGUGAUGAAUAUGCUUGAUGAAUUUACAGAAAUAAAAAAGUUGAAGGAAAGACCAGAGCUUGCACAUCGAAUUGAUAAGGAUUGCAGUGGAAUUCUGUUACUUACCAGGUCAAGAACUGCAGCCACUAAAGUUGCAGAAAUGUUCUCAGACAAAACCAUUGGUAAACAAUACUGGGCAGUGACUGUUGGAGUUCCGACAUUUGAAGAAGGAGAAAUUAACAUUCCUAUUGGGGAAGCUAAACUUGCUGGAGGAUAUCGAAUUGCCACCAAACAAGACCUGAUUGGAAAGUCUUCUGAAAUAUUAAGAGCUGCUGGCUUUAAACAUGCAAAGACUAAAUUCAAAAUCUUGGAUGCAAAUCAGACUACAUGUGCUCUUUUACAAGUGGAACCAAUCACAGGAUUAAAGCAGCAAAUUAGAGUUCAUACAGCAGAAGGACUGAAAUGUCCAAUAUUGGGAGAUCAUAAGUUCUCUUCUGACAUUCGACAACCACAGGUUUUACCUCUGCGUUUACUACAACUUCUUCAAAUUCAAGGUGUAAAGAAUAAGGAAAACCCCACAGCAAAAGGAAAAAUUAGACAAUGGCAAAGAGCACUGAUUCCUCUUCACCUACAUGCAAGACAAUUAACUUUACCCAACUUUUACAAAGGAAGAAAUAUCAUAAUAAAAGCUCCUCUACCUGACUAUUUUGCAGAAACUCUACACAAAUUGAAACUUCAUCCAAAGAGAAAAAAUAUGGUGCAGGCUGAGGAUAUAACAGAGUAUAACAGACUGAAGCAGCUUGGAAAGUCAACAAAAAAAAUUGUUGGAUUUUGAAGAAAACUGAUAAGAGGAACCUAGGAAUGAAUAAAGCCGCAGUUUCAAGGAGAUUCUGUUCCAUCUUAUCCAUGAUGCCUGCUUUUCCAUGUGCAACAUCCCCAAAACAUUUGCAGAAAACUUUUCACCAUCAAGGCAUUUUUAAACCUUUCCCAAUUGAACUAAAAUUAAAGGAUUCCCUCUCCUUCACCCCUUGAGAAGGGAGUGGCCUUUUAAGAUAAAGCAGGUUAUUUAAAUUGAAACUGAAAUGUGGUUAAUAUAUUAAGUCUCUUUGACUCAUUUAUAAUUGUCCAAAAAAUGAGAUAAAUUUCUCACAGUUUUUCACUUAAGUCAAACCUAUGCCACAUUGCUACAGACAUACACAAUAAAUGUUAAUGCUAUACUUAUUUUCCAUACGAAAAGUCUUAUUAGUACCACCUUGAAAAGAGGUUCUAUCAGAAUAUAUGGCUGGAUGACAUGGCUGGAAGCUGGUAUAAACUACGGUAAUUGAUAUCAAAGUAAAAUGGAAAACUGCUCCUAAGAAAUUACAGUAGUAGAAAGGAA